UCACAGCUGCCCGUACGAACUGACUAGCACAAUUCAUUUCAACGAAUUUUAUGAACGCGGUAUAAACCACAUUACUAUCCCCAAUCUUGCUAAUUUUCACAGCCCCGGGUGCACUGAUUGGCAUUAAGUCAGUUAAUCAUUCAUUGUAAUUCAAGUGCAUGUUUGUUAGAGUUUAGAGCAAUGGUUUUGUUGUCUUGCCGAAAAGGAGACGCAACUCCCAAAGAAACGGAGCGGCGAGUUGCCAUUAACGAUCCCGAAAAGAAUAUCCAAUACAACUAUGCGAAUAACCAUAUUAAAACAUCAAAGUACAACUUCGUGACAUUUCUUCCCAGAAACCUCCUGGAGCAAUUUCAGCGUUUGGCCAACUUCUACUUUCUCAUUCUGCUGGUACUCCAGCUAAUUCCGCAAAUCUCUUCCUUAACGCCCUUCACGACCUUUGUGCCGCUGGUGAUUGUUCUGGGAUUAACGGCCCUCAAAGACGCCAUGGAUGAUAUUCAACGGCACCGCAGCGAUAAUCUGGUGAAUGGCCGGCAAGCAUUCCUCCUCCGCAAUGGAAAUUUAAUCGCGGAGCGCUGGGAUCAGAUUGUCGUCGGGGAUAUCAUUCGAAUGGAAGACGAUCAGUUUGUCCCUGCCGAUCUGCUAUUGCUGUCAUCCAGCGAACCCAAUGGACUGUGCUAUGUCGAGACAGCCGAGUUAGACGGGGAAACCAAUCUUAAGGCGAGACAGUCACUGCCAGAAACCAGCCGGCUAAAAGAUAACCUGGAAGCGUUAGGGGAGUUUCGUGCGGAGAUCCUUAGCGAACCGCCCAACAUUAACCUUAACCGCUUUACGGGGAAGAUUACCAUUAAAGAGGUUUCGUAUCCUUUGACGAAUAACCAAAUCUUACUGCGCGGCUGUAUAUUGCGCAAUACAGCCUGGUGUUUUGGUGUGGUGCUGUUCGCCGGCCAGGACACCAAACUCAUGCAGAACAGCGGCCAGACGAAAUUUAAACGGACCCAUAUUGACUAUCAGCUGAAUUACAUAAUUAUUGGUAUUAUGGUAUUUUUACUGGCCAUGUGUACAUUCUGCGCUGUGGCGUGCUCCAUAUGGGAGCGCCGGACGGGAUCCAAAUUCCAGUCGGUUCAGCCAUGGGAGGCGUUUGCCGAAAGCGAAACGCCAAUUGCGGUGCUGGUCUUCUUUUCCUACAUCAUUUUGCUGAACACGGUUGUGCCGAUUUCACUUUAUGUGAGCGUGGAGAUUAUUCGCUUCGCGCACAGCUUCUGGAUCGACUGCGACCGCCAGAUGGCAUACAAGGAUGUCAGCGCUAAAGCCAGAACAACAUCGUUGAAUGAAGAGCUCGGACAGAUUAACUACAUUUUCAGUGAUAAAACCGGCACGUUAACGCAAAACAUCAUGACCUUUAACAAAUGCUCCAUCAACGGUCGCCGCUACGGCGACUGCACGGAUGACAACGGUGAUCCCAACCAUCACUGCGAUUUCUCCAGUAAUCCGUACGCGGAUGGGACCUUUCGGUUUCCCGAUGACCGACUGCUGAUCCUGGUGGAGAAUAACGAUAAAGACUGCGACCUGUUCUUUUCUGUUUUGGCUACUUGCCACACGGUGAUGCCGGAGGAACGUGACGGCCGUUUAACGUACCAGGCACAGUCGCCAGAUGAAGGCGCACUGGUGGAUGCGGCCCGGCAUUUUGGAUAUGUUUUCCUUCAUCGCACGCCUAAUUCCAUUCGGAUUAAACGGAAAGAGCGCAUCGUCGACUAUGAACUUCUGCAUAUUCUCGAUUUCAAUAACGUCCGCAAACGAAUGUCGGUCAUAUUGCGACUAAACGGGAAAAUCGUAUUAUUUUGCAAGGGCGCCGAUUCCAUCAUUAUGGAUUUGUUAGCCGCCACCACCCAGACCACAACGUUAAAGAGCAUUACAAACGAGCAUCUGGAGUUCUUCGCUUCAGAUGGAUUACGUACGCUGUGUUUAGCAUGGAAAGAAGUGCCGGCGUCUGUUUACACAGAGUGGAGUGCCAGGUAUGCGGAAGCGUCGGUGACCUUAGAAAAGCGUGAAGAGCAGAUGGAUGCCGUGGCCGCGGGGAUUGAGAGAGACCUGGUUCUGGUCGGUGCCACGGCUAUUGAGGAUAAACUCCAGGACGGCGUACCGGAUGCCAUUCAGAGUCUGGCGCAAGCCGAUAUCAAGAUCUGGGUUCUUACCGGGGAUAAACUGGAGACCGCCAUCAAUAUCGGCUAUUCCUGCCGGUUGUUGACAGAAGCGUUGGAAGACGUGUUUAUCAUUGACGCGGACGAUGUCACAGGUGUCAGAGAACAACUGAAUCGUGCUCUUAAACGGCUCCAUGAGGCUGUCGUACAAGACGCUGUGGUUGAUGGCGAUUUCGACCCGAACGUGAAGUUCGUCAGUGGUCACCAGGUUCUAAGCGGAGAAACCGAUUAUGCGACCGUUAUACAAGGCCCUAGUUUAGUUUACGCACUUGAUCCGGAACUUGAAGAGCUAUUUGUUCAAGUAUCCUGUGCCAGUAAAGCAGUCAUCUGUUGCAGAGUAACACCGCUUCAAAAAGCUUUGGUUGUGGAGCUGAUCAAAAAGUAUAAGAACGCUAUAACGUUGGCGAUUGGAGACGGCGCUAACGAUGUUAGCAUGAUAAAAGCUGCCCAUAUUGGAGUUGGAAUCAGCGGUCAGGAAGGCAUGCAGGCCGUUUUAGCCAGCGACUUCGCCAUUGGCCAGUUCCGUUUUCUGAAGCGCUUACUGCUGGUGCACGGUCGUUGGUCGUACUACAGAAUGUCCAAGUUUUUAUCCUACUUCUUCUACAAGAAUUUCGCCUUUACGUUGUGCCAGAUGUGGUAUUCUUUUUACUGUGGAUUCACUGCUCAGACGGUGUACGACCCAUUAUUUGUGACCGUCUAUAAUCUGUUUUAUACGUCACUGCCCAUUCUGGCGCUUGGAGUAUUUGAUCAAGAUGUUAACGACAACAAUUCAUUGGAGUUUCCAAAACUCUAUUCACCCGGCCAGAGAAACCUGUUUUUCAAUAAGCGUGAAUUUUUAAGACUUCAUGCUACGGCAUCGUUACCGCGGUUGUUGUGCACUUCUUCGCGUACUACGCCUGUGUCUGGACGGAUGACCUCGAUGGGUUGCAAGCGUUCGGCACAGUUAUGUCGACCGUACUGAUUCUUGCAGUUACCAUACAGGUGGCACUGGAUACGGCAUACUGGACAUUCUUCAACUUCCUAACGAUAAGCGGCAGUGUGCUGUUUUAUUUCGCCCUAACCCACUUUGCGCAUAGUGCACUGUUAUCGCAGCCGUAUCUGGGCACGGAGAAUGCGGUACAUACGAAUCCCGUGUUGUAUUUCCUUAUUCCGUUAACGUUGGCUGUUUUAUUUGUGCCCAUCGUUGGCUACCGGUUCGUUUGGAACGAUACAAAACCGAACUUAUCGGUACGCGUGCGACUGCGGCAGAAAAAUGAUAAAGUGGUGACCUUUGUGCCGGCAGCUACUGUCAAGAAGAAGUCGAGCACCGCUGUUUUGCGGCGAAAAACCUUGCGACGCAGCAGUUACGCCUUCUCCCAUGCUUCCGGUUUCGGUGACCUUAUUGUCAGAGGUACAAUUAUGGAAGAUAAGAAAGAACUGGACCCUGUUUACAGUAUCGAUUUGCCACGGUAGCAUACGUUGCUCGCGCCAUCCAAAUGUGCAAAUAAAGCCAGAAAUGUUCAUCCUGGUUUUUUUUCAUAAAUGUUCUUACUGUUUUCCUCUACAGAGUGACUAUCCGCGAAAUAUGCAAACACUAAUCAAAGAUGAAAAGUAAUCCUACGUAGCUCUACCGGGUCUACCCUAAGUAAGUACCGGUGUGUAAGAAAAUCUUUCUUGUCGUCAAAAAUUUGUCCGUUAAUAAAAAACUCAUUGUGAGAUACAAGGAGAGGGAGUAAUACAAUCAACUAUACAUUUAUGUUAACCGUCUUAAACUGAAUCACAUAAACAGCCUUCGCACAGGAUUUAAUUGCUGAUCCCGUGGUGGCAAGGUAACUCCGGGCAGACUGAAGGGCGCUUUAGGACACAGCACACUGUCGUCAAAAUCGCUGACGAUGGCGGCUUUUCGCAGCAGUUGAUCCAUGAACUGUCCUUCCAUUGACAGAUC